AGAUUUGCCGUGAAAACACCAAUCUGUUUGUUUCAGCUUCCUAUGACGGUAUGUGUGACAUUGGUCAUCAAACAAUCGUAUCGUGUAUACCGUCCUGUUGGCUAAUUUUCGCAGAAGUUUCGCAGAAUGUGAAAAAUCGAGCAGGAAUCGUAUCGUGUAGACGCGCCUAUACAGUUGCCUUAUCAGGUUAAUUUGAUGAGAUCGCUUAUCUGCCAUCGUUGCCAACUAGAAGCGCGCGAUCGUACCCUUUCUUUAUUCAGUUAACGAUUUCCUCUCGAACCUAUAGGUCAAGGCAUCCUACUGACAAGUUUUUCUAGUACUAUCGUGGGCGAUGGCUGUUCAUCUAACUUUAUCGUUACACUUUAUCAUUCUGUGUCUGUUUUCGCCCGUUUUGAGUGGACUGUUCGAUGAGUACAGCUGCUACUCUCGAUUAGAUGUGUGCAGGUUAAAAGAUGUAGCAUUGGAAAGUGACCGCGCUAUAGAAUUAUCGACCUUUCGUGACAUUCGCGACCCGCUGGUGAUUGAGUCGGGAACUAUUCCAAAGUUUUCCCAAGCACUAUGGAAGAAAAUUCCUUCCGUUUUGGAUGUAACUGUUGAUAGGAUUGGAAUAGUGCAACUAUUCAUUCGUCCCGGUCUCUUGCAUCUUUCGGCAGUGGGCAAUGCAAUCGACAAGGUGUUACUAGAUGAGACGAAAAAUAGUGAAUACAGCAUGCUCACGCUACAUCUAUCGAACAACCAGUUGACGGAGUUGCCGCCACUCGAGCGUUUCGUACGAUUGAUGACCCUAGCCGUGGACAACAACUUGCUGUCAUCGAUUGAUAUGGGUGCAUUUUCAAAGUUAACCAAUCUCCGAGUGCUUUCGCUGGCACACAAUCGACUUCUAACGGUGACAUCUCCGGCUGAUACACCGCUUCAGCUAAUCAAGUUACGGCGUCUCUCGUUUGCGGGAAAUCAACUCGCUGUGUUAGACAUUCGUACUUGGGAAUUUGAUUCGUUGGAGGACCUCAACGUAACGAGCAAUAGUUUGACUAGGUUCGAUGGUAGUUUAACCCAGUUUCCGGUGCUGAAGCGGUUGGAUCUUGCACACAACCGUUGGUACUGCGAGUGGUUAAUGAUGCUCUAUACCCACGAAGACACAGCGUUGGGAUUAAAACUCGAUGCGGAUGAACCUGAUAGAUGUAGGGACGAAAAUAUGAUGGUUCCUCGACACCAUUGUUGUAAUCCUGCCGGUGCCGACGGUUCCGGAUUGAUCGAUAUUUUCGGCGAUAAGUGGGACGAGCUGAAACGGCUUGCCCUAUUACUCGACAAGAUCAAUGCAACGAUCGCGAAUGGAUCGGCCUCAGUGAACCGUGUGCUCAAUGUUCAACACGAAGCACUAUCGGGGCGCGUUGCAAAACUUACGGAAGCUCAGAAGGAGCAGACUGUACAGCUUAGAGAGCUUGAACAAGGCAUAAAUCACCAAAAAGAGAAACUCAGGAAUCUCGAAACAGAGCUAAAGGAGAAGGUGAAUCGAUUGAAUCAAGAGGUGAACGCUCACUGGAACCAAACAGAUGCUGGAUCUGAUGAACAAUUGAUGAACUUUACCGCAACACUGGCGACAGCCCCAACCAACUGGUCAAUGCUAGCUGUCCAAAAUCAAAACAACCUAAGCCAGCUACAAAAACUGUUUGUAACAACAAGCAAGCAGUUCAAUAGCUAUUCGGACAAAUCGUACGAGCAAGAAGCCUUGCUUAAGGCACAAUCGGCAAGAAUAGACAACGUUCAGCAAGAGCUGAAUGAAGUGCGCAGAAGCGAGAAGCUGAUUCAACAGCAGUUGGAAACAUUGGAACCAGAUGCAAAUCGUAUUUUAUCAUUCUUAACCGAAAUCCGAAAAGGCUGUGUAGAUGAUGAAGAAGAACACGUAGAAUCAUACGAAUAAAAUGCAUUAUGAUUUAGUUAUUCUAGUAA